AUGCAACGAAAGAGAAGAUUUUCUUCGUUCCAAGUGAUCGACAGUUUGGACGACCACUUGUAUGAGGAGACAUCAGAAAUGUCCCGUUUGUUGAUCAUAGGGUUGGGUGCCGUAUGUUUCUCUACUAUUAUCGUCUGCGAGACCGCAUUCAUUGACUUUUCGCCAACUUUUUUCCGAUAUUACUCUAACGUGAAGGGUUACAAAACUGCAAUUAUGUUGGCAGUCAUGACAGCUUUCUAUACGUUGACGCGCGCCUGUAGUAUAUAUUUGGCCAUAAGAGUGCGGCCCCAAUAUAUACUAACUGUACAUUACGUGAUU